AUGCGACCCCUUUGCACACGCUGCGGCGCCCUCCUCCGCCAACAGCGCGCACUCACCACGUCCGCGGUCCGUUCCUCUGCGCCAUCAAAGUCAAUCGAACAAAUCCUCUCUAAGCCGACUUGGUCCGUCGCCUCCCUCUUGCCAAAGUCGAACGAGAAAUCGACAGAAGAACCGAUCACACGCGCAAAACUACACCAUCUCCUCCGUCUGUCCGCCCUACCACUCCCGGAGACUGAGACCGAAGAGGGCGCUAUGCUUCAAACGCUGCACUCGCAAUUGCACUUUGUUCGCGAUGUCCAGAGUGUCGAUACCUCGGGCGUUGAGCCUUUGCGCUCGCUGCGCGACGAGACUGCCGCCGGUGUAGCGGAAGCAACGAUUGGCCUGCAACAGCUACAAGGAGCGCUGGCCAAGGAGAUUCGCUUCGGCCAUAAAAGACGACCCAAGAGACAACGUGGGGACAAGGUUGACACCAAGGGUGUCGAAGACUGGAACCCCUUGGAGACGGCAUCCAGGACGGCUGGCAAAUAUUUUGUUGUUCAGAGCAAGAAGGGGGACUCAUGA